AAAUAUAAUAGUCGUUCCUUGUUGUAAAACACUUUUUGGUAUUCAGUCUUCUCUUUUCACCACUUGAGUCGCAUACUACCCAGUCUUUGCUUAGGGUUCGGGAAAUCUCAGGAUAACAUGUCUGUGUUUCUUGAAAUCUUGAGGCGUAUUCUUGGUUGGGUUGAGGAUCGUGGAGAUGAAUAUGAAUCUGAAACAUUAUAUGGAAAUACUUCAGGUGAAACAAUUACUCCUAAUAUAUAUAGGGUAGGAUUUGGUUCAGGGUCAAGUAAUCCGACAAACUUUGAACCAACAUAUGUUAAGACAGUAAAAAGAAUUGAUGAUGUGCAUAGUGCUUCAAGUAUUUAUGCAAAAUAUGAACCUAUAUCUUCAUAUAGUCCACACACAUCUUCCUCUAUGCUACAACAACCUUCAUCUACUAAACUCACAUACUCUUCAAGUCCGACUCUGUCGAGAUCUAAACCGCCAACAUCUUCUUCUAACCAAAAUCAAUCACUAACAUCACACUUAUCUUCUUCUAAAACAUUAUCUUUUGCACCCUCAACUUCAUCAAAACCUUGCACUAAAGAAGCUAAAGUAUCACCAUCUUCUAAAACUAUUCCUAAAGCAUCAUUAUCUUCCUCGGAGUCUUCUCCAUUAUCCUUUAAGCACCCACCAUCUUUUAAACUAACUUUGACUCCGGCUUUCUCAAAUGUGACCAAUCAACAGACAAAAGCCACCAACAAACAGGUUGAAAAGAGCACAUCACCUAUCCUAAAAUUUCAAACAUCACACUCUGAGCCAUCUCCACUGUCUUCUAAACCUUUUACAUUCUCAAGUAAUGUACCUCUUUCGUCCUUAAAGCAAUCUACAUCAUCCUCUGUAACCCCUGCAUCUUUUAAGUCAACUCUGGCUCCAACUUCCCCAAAUGCCACAAAUGAGCAUUCAAAAGCCACCAACAAACAGGUUGAAAAGAACACAUCACCUAUCCUAAAAUUUCAAACAUCACACUCUGAGCCAUCUCCACUGUCUUCUAAACCUUUUAUAUUCUCAAGUAAUGUACCUCUUUCGUCCUUAAAGCAAUCUACAUCAUCCUCUGUAACCCCUGCAUCUUUUAAGUCAACCCUGGCUCCAACUUCCCCAAAUGGCACAAAUGAGCAUUCAAAAGCAAACUACAUAUGGGUUCAAAAGGAUGCAUUACCUAUUUAUGCGAUUCCUAAGGAUAUACAAGAUUUGAUCAAGAAAGACAAAGUACCUGGAGUUUUGAAAAGGCCAUUGUGUGUCUCAACAUACAAGGACUAUUUUGCUGCUCUUCUAUAUGCAGAGGACUUUUAUAUUGAGAAAUGGAGUAAGUUCAAAUUGUUGGGCAUCACUUUAAAGUUGCAAGAAGCUACAAUUAAAUGGUCAUACUUCACAGAUAGUGAUGGUAAGGAUGAUAGAACAUUUGUAGAAUUUAAGAUUGAUGCGGCACGUGAGAAACGGCCAUUUCUUUUAUCAAGGGACUUUGUCUUUGCAAAACCUUCAGGAAGUAAUAUUGAGCCAUUUCAGGGUAUCAUCUAUCGAGUGGUGAAAAGCACUACUGUAUUAGUUGAAUUUGGUGAAGGUUUUCAUUCUCAACAUUAUUCGUCUCGCAAAUAUGAUGUUAGCUUCUCAUUUAACAGAGUUUGUUUAAAAAGGGGACAUGAAGCAAUUGAAGCUGCAUCGGAUCCUUCAUUUGAAAGUUUCACUUUCCCUAGUUUUCACUACAGAACGCUCAUUUCUGCCUCAUCUCCUUCCUAUUUUAAUUAUAAACUUGAUACAGAUCAAAUGUCAGCAGUUCAACAGAUCUUAAAAUUCCGUGGUUCACCACCUUAUCUUAUUGAAGGUCCACUUUGUGUAACUAAAGAAAAACGGAAUGAGCCUAAAGUAUUAUCAAGAACCGGAUUGGUUAUCCAAGAAGCCAUGCUUCAAAUUUAUGAAAAGUCUCAAGAUCAUCGGAUUCUUGUAUGUGCACCAAUCAACAGCACAUGUGAUUUGCUAACAAGAAGCUUGAAGAAGUACAUUCCUGAAUCGGAUAUAUUUCGAGGAAAUGCUGCUUUUCGGGAGGUAGAUGGAGUACCUCUUGACAUUCUCCCUUCAUGUGUUUUAAAAGGUGAAUGCUUUGCUUGUCCUCCACUUCAAGAACUCCAAAAAUUUAGAGUAAUAGUGUCUACUUAUGUAAGUAGCUUUCGGCUGCACAGUAAAGGCAUCAUGGCUGGUCAUUUUAGUCACAUUUUUCUGGUGGAUGCCUCAUCAGCUACUGAGCCGGAAGCAAUGAUUGCUUUAGCUAAUUUUGCUACCGAUGACACUGCUGUAAUAGUCACUGGUGCACAAGGAAACCGUUCCGGUUGGGUACGUUCUGAUAUUGCUAGGGAGAAUGGACUGAGGGAAUCAUACUUUGAAAGACUUCAUGAAACAAUUGCAAGCAAUAGUGUUAAUAAAUCGUUGUUCCUUGCACAGAUUGACAAUCCGAAAUCAAAUUGCAAAUCGGAAAUGAUGCCUAUACCUUAGUUUCAUACUCCAUUCUGUAAGUUACUUUUUUCAUAAAUGGAAAUUUAUCACUACUGUAAUUUUGUGCUUUUUGAAUUUUCCUGCUUUUGUCUAUGUACAUAUGUGAUUAAAGUUUAUAUGAGUCUACAGUCAGAUGAUUUUCAA